AUGGUAGAAAUCAACGAAAUUGAGUUUAUCGAAGAACCGGAGUACUUCAAACUCCAACAUGGGUCUUGCUUCUGCAUGGUGGAGGAGGAAAAGAAACGAAAGGAAAACUUCUCCAUCGAGGAAAAAAAACUAGCGAACAGCAAUUUCACGAUAAGCAAUGCUAAGCAGAAGGGCCUCUACGUUUUUAAUAAAAAUUUAAACGUUUUUUCCCUAUCGGACUUUCUGUACAAAAUUGACAAUGAAGGCAGCAAGGACAGCAGUGACAAAAUAAACAUAAAAUCGCAGCCCUUCGGGGAAAAUGUCCUCUUAAUUGAGAACAACAAGACGGACACGGAGGCCUUUUUGUACACCGACCAGCAGAAUAUUUACCUGUUUGACUAUGGCAGCGAGAAGGUCAAGCUCCACUGCCGGGUGGACAUCCCGGUGCGGGGGUUCAAGCAUAUAGAUGACCACCUGUUCCUCGUUCUGAGCGCCGACGAACGAGUGCACCUCAUGAAGAACAAGCAACUGUACGAGUGCCAAGAGUGGACAGACCCAGUAAACAACAUUGAUGAGAAAAACGGAGUGUUCCUCUUCACGUACUCAAAUAAAGAAGUGUUCAUUUUGAAGGACAGUCAAAAAAGUAACACAUACGACUUGAGGAACAUAAGUGAAGAAAUUGACAUUUGCCAUGAGAAAUGCAAUAUAAUGUGCGCAAAAAUUUUAGAAGCCAAAAAAAACAUGAGGACAGUCUUUCUCAUGGUUUUGUACAAAUACGAGGACGAACUAACCACCAUUAUGUAUGACUUGCACAUAGAGCAAGACAAAAUAAAGAGAGUCACAUACUCCACUAAUGAUUUUGAUUUCCAGAAUUUUGAAAACAAUUUUGUCAAAUGUAUUUACAUAAGCGAAUGGCAGACGGUUGUAGCCAUUUCCUCCGAGUCUUGCGAGGCGGUUGUUUACACCAGAAAUGGGAACAUGACUUGGGAGGGAAGCGCUUCUGAUCCAAUGAUGUCACAGCCAAAAGCGGAAGAGUCGGACAACUACAGUGGGUUAAAAUUCUUGAGCGUAAUGGAAGGAUACAAAAUAAACACGCGAGAGUCGGAAACUUUUUUUCUCUCCCUUUUUAUGUAUAGCAAAUACGAAGACAAAAUCUAUCGAAAGAGUAAAAUAGGGAAUGUCCCAUUUUUGAAAAAUCCCUGUGUCUUCUUUGCCCUCCAAGAUAACCACAAAAUUGUAGUAGAAUAUUUAGACAAGUACAAAUUGGUAGACAUCACGGAUUUUGGUACCAGUGGGGUGGAGGAGGGAGAUUCGAAUGAAUGCGGAAUGAAAGAAGUGACUGUCCUUCCAGAUUUGAAACAGGACGUGAUAGAGGUGCACGAACCGCUCUCCUCCAAUGUGUUUAAUAUAUUCAAACUCAAGGAGAGGGUCCCCCUGAAUAGAGUGGAUCCAACCAAAGGGAAAGAAGCCAAUGUGGAGACCAAAAAGGAAAGCUUCUUUGACCUUUUUCGCAGUAAGGUUAAGCUCACUGAGGAGAAAGCGGUGGAUGGUAGUGUCAAAGGUACCGAUAAGGAGGUACCUCCAGGGAAGGAAGCCACAUGUGUCGUGGGGGAGCGAAGUGGCGUAAAUGUCGAGAUGGACGAAGGCUGUAGUAAAGAACCCCCUGUGCAUGGUGACUCCUCCCAUGCGAAGGAUCGAAAGAACCAACUUGCCAAAGAACGGCAGCAUCUGUACCGAUGCAUCCGAAGGAGCCCCAAAGUGUACGAAGAUGAAAGCUUCAUUGUGAACGAGGUACCCGAGGGGUUCAACAAGUUAAUAAAAAGUGGAAUCUACUUCUGUGAAGAAUUUUUGAAUCACUUGAAUGUGCAUUCCAUAGAGAAAAGGAAAGGUACCAAAGUGGGUUCAAGGAAGAAGGAGUGCUAUUACGACAAAGGGGUCGACAAAAUUGUGUUCUUACGUGACAGUGCCAUCGGGGAGGAGAUAGACGAAGCGAAUGUAGAAGACGAUGAAGAGGGAAAGAAAAAAAAAAAAAAAAUGCCAAAAAGGAGCAGCAGAAAUGAAUUUCACCACCAUUUCCAUUGCGAAGAUUUUGACUUUUACAAACACAAGAAAUUAUCCGACCGUCAGUGCGAGAGGAUUGUAAGAAAAAUUCAGCGUAAGCAGGGUUUCCUGCGCGACAUAAAAGGGAUCUUCUUCAAUGAGGAGGCAAACCCAAACGAUGAAGGGAAGCGAAAUGACCAAUCUGAAAAGACUACCCUCCCCCCUCACAAAGACGAAACAACGAAAGAUCCAUUCAAUAGGGACAUUCAAAUUCAUAUUUCAAAUGAGGAGAGGAGCAAAUUUUAUCAACAAUUAGAUUCCUACUUUUCUAAAAGGAAACUCCUAAAAGUGAGGAAAGAAAUUUUUAACGACUUAAAAAAUGACCACCUUCAAAGCGGACACAUCUUCGAAACGGUCCUCUACAACCUAUUCAAGCAAGGUGGAAUGAAACACUGUGAAGCGUUUAUUUAUUUUGUCUUAAAAAAUCUGGACGUCAAGAUAUUCUCCAGUUCACUCUUCUUACUCGAGUUGUAUUUUGUACAUCUUCUCUACCCCUACUUCAACAAGAACAGAACAAAUGCACUUAAUGCGCUUCCAUCUUAUGGACAGAAAAGUGCACCAAGCAUAAAGCAUCCUUCGUUAAAAGACCUUUUAGGCCCCCCCAAUAGUGGAGCCAACCGCUUAAGUCCUAACCUCAGUUAUUGCGACAAGGAGGUGCCACCCCUGGAAAGCGAGUACAGCACAGAUGAUAUAUCAGAAGAUGACCUAUUAAAGAAAAUAAAAAAUGAGAAAGACUUUUCCAAAAAGAAUGAGUACCUUGCGAAGGUGAUUCCCUUGUUUAAUGAACCCCCCAGCAGGGAAAGCCAAUCCACUUCGUUCCAUUUGGUGCACGCUGGAAUCCACUUUGCGAACAAGAGGUUGUGCCACGCCCUUUCGCAGAAGCUCUUCCCGAUUAUGGUGGAUAACAGCUUGAAUAAGAUGGACGACGAGUUGGGGCUAAUCAAGAACUACCUCUUCGACGCCGUAUUGGGAAGCAGCUAG